UUGCUCUAACGUUACCUGUUUGAUUUAUUUCUGUGAUGCACAGUAGGAAGUUUCAUUAUCGUUUUAUAUCUUAAAUGUAAAAUAUGGGGGUAAAAUAAUACUAUUAUCACAGUGGAGACUAAGUGACUCAGUCGGACAGAGUUGUAAUCAUGUUGCCAGGCGUGUUUUAUGCGUUAAUGGCGGGGUUUCUAGCAGCUUUAGCAUCAUCUUCUGCUAAGUUGUCCCUGGGUGCUGAUUACCUGAAAGAUGUUUGUGAAACGGGGCUAAAGAUCUGGACAGAUGGACAGGAAAACACUGAUGGAGUUGAUACCACAACUUGUGACUGGUUACAUAUACCCCUGCGGCUGCUUUGUGGUGGUCUUCUGUUCACCUGCAAUGCUGUGAUGUGGACCUUCUUCGCCAAAGCACUCAGACACUCGUCUUCCUCUGCCCGGGCCACUGUGACCACCACUGCCUCAAAUUUUAUCUCCUCUGCUUUUCUUGGACAUGUGAUCUUUGGUGAAACUCAUGCCACACUGUGGUGGGUUGGUAUCAUUUUGACCCUGACAGGGCUUCUUGUCUUGCAUGGAUCAACUCCUCAGGCUCCACAGGAAAAUGCAAAUAAGAAAUAUGAGUGACAGAAGAAUACAGGGAACAACAAUGCCUUACACAAUGCUUGGAUAUGAGACCAAUCAAGUGAAAUGGUGUGAAGAAGCACUAGGAGCUAAUAAGAAUCAUUUAUGCACACUUGUAUGAUGGAAUUAUCUAUGCUAAAUGUGUGUGUUUAUAUAUAUAUAUAUGCAUAUAUAUUUCUGUCAUAGGAUUGUUUUAUAAAACUUCUGCAGGUAAUUUAUUUUUAUGUAUCCGUGUCAAUAACGUGAACAGUUACAUAAUGCAAAGCCUUGAAAUGUAUGUAACUUUGAGCCUAUAGUCAUGCACUGGACUUGUUCUAUAUCUUGCAUCAAUCAUGCAAGUUACUGCAAAAUUUAGCCAUCAAGGGAAUAUGCAAGUUUAUAAUAAAUGAGUUUAUAUUAUUGUUUAUUACUAUGACAUGAAAUGUUUAUGAUAUAUAUUUUUGCUUGAUAUUUGACCAAAUACAGUUGUGAAUCUCAAAAAAUAUCUUAUCUUUCUUAGAGAUAUCCUUUUUCAAUUCCAUGCCUUCCAAAGUAAAACCUGAUUUCACACUUCAGUUAGAAUAAAGUAGUGAAUGGGAUGCACACACUGUUAGUGAGUGGGUAAAUAUUUUUGCUUAUUAAAUGUCUAUUGUGUGUCAAACCACUGA